AUGGCAUCUCAGAAACCAAAGAUCAAGGCAGUCUUCUUUGACUUCAUGGGAACCUGCCUUGAUUGGCACAGCAGCGUGGUCAAAUCGCUGCCCCCCGCAAUCCCCGGCGCCGAAGCGUCCGAACUUGCUCUCGAGUGGCGGAAGCAAUACUUUGUCUACAAUGAACAGCGCGUCCAGCAAAAUCUCGAUCCUGAGGAUAUUGACAUAUCGCUCGCACAAACUUUGGAUGUCAUUAUCGACCGGUUUUCGGACUACAAGUCGGACUUCAACGCAGAUGUCAAAAAGCGACUGAUCGAAGCAUGGCACACUCAGCCAGCCUGGCCAGAAGUCAAAGAGGCUAUCCAGGUUCUUCGGGAAGAAAUGGGUCUUGAGACAUAUGUUCAUGGCAACGGCACUACUCGUCUGCAAGUUGAUCUCACUCGCUUCUCAGGGUUGAGCUUCAACAUGCUGUUCUCGAGUCAGUUGCUCGGCGUGUAUAAGCCCAACCUGGCUGCGUAUAAAAAGGUCCUUGAACUUCUGAAGCUUGAUCCAGAGGAGGUCGUCAUGGUUGCGGCCCACAUCUACGAUUUACGAGGGGCCAAACAGUGCGGGAUCAAGACAAUUUACAUCCACAGGUGGACAGACGAUGUCGACGAGGAUAUGGAGGUAAUCAAGAAAGAAGUCGACGUCUUUCUGGAAGACAUGAACAAUCUCCCGAGUGCCAUCGCGAGCAUCUAG